GAACCAGGUCGUGAUUCGCGAAUAAGCCAGCGUGGCCCACGUUAGGCUCUAGUUCCUGGUGAGCAUACCCUAGCCUCUCUCUCUAUAUGUGUGCUACUAGCCACGCUUCACCUUUACACAAUCGGCAUCGUCAGCCUAGCUAUUCCACACAUAUAGAGGCCGGAGCAUGCCCGAGCAGCAGGAAGCCCACCGGAGCAAAGACGGCGAGGUCGAGCUGGGGGCGAUGACGACGGAGUGGCAGCUGGAACCGGGCGUCGCCAGCAAGCUGUUCGACGUCUUCACCGUCGCCGGCCUCCGCGUCGACGCCAUCGAGCCCGGCCGCGCCAUGGUCUGCUCUUUCACGGUGCCGCCGCGCCUUACGGACGCGAGCAAGCGCAUGCAUGGAGGGGCCUUGGCGUCUCUGGUGGACCUGGUCGGGUCGGCCGUGUUCUUCGCCGGCGGCUCGCCGGCGACGGGGGUGUCCCUGGAGAUCACCAUCUCGUACCUGAACGCGGCCCGUGCAAACGAGGAGAUCGAGAUCGACGCGAGGGUCCUGGGCAUCGGCGCGACGACGGGGUGCGUGACGGUGGAGGUCAGGAGGAAGGCCACCGGCGAGGUGGUCGCGCACGGCCGGCACACCAAGUACCUCGCCGUCUCCAGCAAGCUGUGAUGGGUCGAUCGAUCGGGAUGGGUAUGAUGGAGCGCGCGCAGCUCGCUUGCAUACAUUCCUCGUGCAAAUGGUCACGGUCCAGACACUUACUAUUUAUUAUCUCUCGAUCGAUCGAGCAAUCUUCUGUUUCCUCUCCA